AUGCACGAAAUCUUUCUCACAGCCCUCAUCGAGGACAAAGACUUCGGCGCAACAUGCGACGUGCUCGGCGGUCUCACUAACAUGGACGCCUGGGAAGCCGUCCAGCGAGUCCUUUACUUCCAAGGGCCAUCGCAACCAAAGGGUAUCUCCAACCAGAACUCCAUUGAGAAGCCUCUACGGAAAGACACAGGCUUCCUGUGGAAUCAGCUUCAUCAGAACUUGACACGGCAGUCGUACAUACUUCAAACACGAUAUGAUGUCCUGAAGGAUCGUCAUAUGGGUCCCGAUGCGUCAGCGAUGGACCUUGAUGCGACGCAGGGAAUAUUGCGAUGGACCGACUUCCCUGAUCCACCUCGUGGACAACCUUUGCUCACACAGCGGAAGAAGGUUGAGCUUUGGGAGCAGAAGAAGUUACCUUCCGUCAUGCGCGACAACAACCACACAUUCAAGACGGAGACAAUCGAGGAGGUCUUCCGUUUCUACCGGGAUGAGAUCGAGUUCUGUCUGGUACGACACUACUUCCUCCAACCCCUCGAGAGUUACGUCUCUAUGGAGACAAAACAGCAGCCAUCUUUCCCACUAGACGUCCUUCCUUCGUGGGAAGCCCUCACACCCGUUGACCAGCAGAAGCGAUGGUUCCUCCACGUCAAGGCACAUGUGAUGCAGGACAACAAGCCCGACGAGAUCCGUAAGGCGCAGGAUCAGCUACUAGCCGUCCGAAGAGAGCUCGAGGGGGUGUUUGACUUCAGAGGAAUUGAUCGCAAGGUUCACGAUACGCGUGUCAUGCUGCAAGCGCAGGGAGUGCAGCAGUUGCCGCAGAAAGUGACCAUUGGGAAGUAA